AUGUGUUAUGGGACUUCCUAUCGCCACUCGCUUGCAAGGUCACCAGCCGACAAGGCUCGCUCAAGCAUGUCCGAAAUCCGUCGCAAGCUCGUGAUCGUUGGAGACGGUGCCUGCGGUAAGACCUGCUUGCUCAUCGUUUUCAGUCGCGGCACAUUUCCAGAGGUCUACGUGCCCACUGUUUUCGAGAACUAUGUAGCCGAUGUCGAGGUGGACGGGAAGCGCGUCGAGCUCGCUCUCUGGGAUACGGCCGGUCAGGAAGACUACGAUCGACUCCGACCGCUCUCGUAUCCAGAUUCGCAUGUUAUCCUGAUCUGUUUCGCUGUGGAUUCGCCCGACUCGCUCGACAACGUCCAGGAAAAGUGGAUAUCCGAAGUGCUCCAUUUCUGCCAUGGUCUGCCCAUCAUCCUCGUCGGCUGCAAGAAGGAUCUCAGGAGGGAUCCCAAGACGAUCGACGAGCUUCGGCGAGUCUCCCAGCGACCUGUCUCGCCUGAAGAGGGUCAAGCAGUGGCGCAGAAGAUUGCCGCACAACGAUAUAUAGAAUGCAGUGCCAAGACGGGCGAGGGCGUCAAGGAGGUCUUUGAAUCGGCCACUCGAGCGGCACUGCUGAGCAAGAGCAAAAAGAAGAAAGGCUGUACCAUCCUUCUGUCGGUCAAAGAAUGUCAAACUAUUACCAUCUGCAACGAAUCUGGCUAUGGCGCGAAUCUCAGUUCAUCCUAUGCUCCCGCUUCUCUCUUUCUCGCCCUCUCUGGCAGCCACGCUAGCUACGCAAAGGUAUGCUGCACACACGAGCGCACCCUAUCGACGGCGACAUACUCUCUCGAUGGACGUAAGCGCAAGUAUACUAGUCCAGCAGAACAAUAA